AAAUUGUCAAUGUCUCACAAAAUAGAAACAAACCGGAGCGAGUGUUUUUCUAACUUCCUAACAUGAAAAUCGCAAGAUUUUGUUUUAUAAACAUAGAAAUGAGUUGACAGUGCUAUAUAAUUAAACAUAAUAUAUGUUAUUAAAUGGUUUAACAGCAUAAAAAAAGUUGAAAAUAAAAAUGGAUCGGAACACAUACAUCUAUUUUAUGCAAGUCUUAUUUGUAGCUAGCAUUACAUUUGCAUCACAGAGCUUGGACUUGCGCAAUAAGCAGACUUUGGCAAUAAACAUAGCACGGUUUGUGCUGUAUGUGUUGAGUGUCCGUGGAUUCAGUGAAGCAUGUGCAGUGCUAUACGACUGCAUCCAUCGCCAGCGGCUGCCGGAUGUACAGGUCCUGCAGAGGGCGCCCCUGCACAGGCACCACGUCAUGAUGGUCCUGGGGGCUGCCGCACUGCUGCUCACACAUGAACAGCCAAUCAUCGAUGAACGAUUCAUUUUCAUCUUAAUCGCGACCUUGAUUGCCAAGUAUCCGGAGAUUGAUAGAAAAUUAGACAAGAAAAAGACCGUUAACUAUGGCGUAGGCAUGGCUUGCAGCUACUUCGAGGGUUACCUCGUCCACGUGCUGCCUUCAGACGGCGCCAAGUUCUUCGGCUUCCUGGAGAAUAUCAAGAUAUAUGAGAACAGAGAGGGGGUGGUGUUCCCGGUGAAGAAGCUGUUCGUCGUCGUCACCAAGUCGCUGUUCAGUCCCCCGGCGCUGGUGGAGUUCAACAAGACUGGUAGAGACGACCUGCCCAAACUAGAAGCCUGCAGUUCGUUAACGGAGAUAGAGAAGGAUGUGGCGGGAGUUAAGAACCGCAUCUACAGGAGCACGGCGUACAAGAUCUACCGGCCGAGCGCGCCGCCCGUCUGUCUCUGCACCGAGGGCGGCACGCCUCUCAACACCCUGUACAGGGUCUUGAAGAACAGCGAGCUCUCUGAAGAGCUGGCGGGUAUCAACCGCGAGGAAAUAGUGCACGAUUUCCUGACCACACUGCGGAAACUGAUUACCAAGAGCCCGGAGUGUAGGGGCAAGUGUGAACUCGUAUAUUUUGACGAUUCUAACAGAGACCUGAACCUAGCUGAUGUAUUGUUAGACAGGAUCCGAGAACUGGAACCGAAAUUUGAAGAAAUCAUUGCAAGACGGAGGUAGUCACUAUUGUAACAUAGUUUUAUAUAUAUUUUUUAUAUUGUGGUAAAUCUAUUUCAAUGUCGAUGAUAUUAUGAUGACUUUACGCAGUAAAACUGUGUAUGUCUGUCGGUCUGUCUAAGAGACCGAAUAAACAAUAAUGGCUACGAUUGUUACAUUUUCACGUCUUUAUUAUCAUAAUGUGGCAUUGUAAUGUCGACAUUGUGCUUUUGUAAUAAGAUAUACUCUAUGUACGUACGUAUAAGAUAUAAUUUGAGACUGCGCAGUUGAUGCAGUGGCUGAUGCUAUGUAACACGUCGAUGGUUUGAUUCCCGCACGGAACAACACUUUGGAACAAAUCUACUAAUGGUUGUUCCAAAACUAGAGGUUAUGUUUAUAUGGAAGUAUCUGUGAACAUAAACUCCGUAGUCGUGUUGGCCACUCUUUCUUGAAAAGAGAAUAAAUAUUCAACUUAGUGUGAAACAUUCAUCUCCUUUAGUCAAAAAUUAAUAAUUAAAGAUUAUUUAAAUAUAAGGACGGAGUUUUCAGGCGUAAAAUUUAGUGCCUAAGAUCUCUUAGCUCUUAGCCACUCUAACGUCCAUGGAUACUAUAGUAUCCAAAGUGACGAGUUCUGUUUAACUCCCUCUAGUUUAAAAUACGGUCUUGUUUGGUGAGUUUUGACUGAUUAUCUAUGCAGCUGAAUAAAUUGUUCGACGAAAAAAUAAGACAUGGCGUUGUAAUAUGCUUUGACAAACAAAAUAUAAAUUUUUAAAGUUAGUUGACUCGUUUUUGAAGUGUUUUUGUGAGUUCCAACAAUUAUGUCGUAAAUACUACAGUUUUGUUUAAUUUAUCUUGCAAGUGUUAUACAUCAAAAUAAACUAGAAGAUUUGUGCUUUACGAUGAUGUACAAAUAUCACAGUUUUAGCUGAUAAAUCUAGUCUAAUUUUAACUUCAAACGAUUGUUGUUUCGAAAAAAAUGGCCGGUCUGGUGUUGGCCACUUUUAGUUUUGUUUAUACAUAUUUUACAUACUUUGCAUUACAAUAGUAUAUAAAAUAUCGAAAUACAUUUCGUAAUAAGCAAAAUAAUACAUUUUUCAAAGAGAAAUAUACUAAAUUCAUUGAAGAUUCCAUAAUAAUGUCAAUGUGUUCCUCAGGUUUUUUGAUGUGUAAAAUUACGAGUAGUGUUUUCUUUCGAUUUAAUUACAAUACUUAGAGUUAACCGAAUAUAAUCAUAUAUACAUCAAAAGAAAGGGUAAUGAGUCUAGUUUGUUGUAAAAAUAUAAAUAUUUUAUUGAUAAAAUAUGCAAUAGUUGUGCCGUAUAUUCUAAAAAGGUAGAAAUAAUUCUGUUUUUUUUUCUGUGUUUCAUGUUUAACCCGUUUUAUUGUAUUUUAAAGAUUAACUAAAGAUUUUAAAAUAUCGUUAAGAUUGAUCGGUAUUCUUCAAUCUUUUUUUUGGUAUUCUUUUCUUUAUUCUAGGCAUUACGGUUCAGUAGCUAUAUAGGUUUUUUGUUACGACGAACUUGCGAGUCGCGCGCGGUUCGGAAGCCGUGCGCGGCUGGACGCUAGAGUGGUUAGAUAAUAUUACAAGUACAAACCUACUUAAUGGGGAUGAAAGAAAAACUGUGUUUAAUCAAUAAGUUUGAUUAUAAUGUCUAUUAUUUUUAACAAAGAAAACUAGUCGUGUAGACAAUGUUUCUUGUAAGUGUAGGAAAAUCAUCGUAAUCAAAGUGUAGUAAUAUAUAUAUAUAAUAUAAGUAUAUAUAUAAAUGGUAAAGUGCAUUUGUUUCUUUGUCCUUUCUUCACGUCGCAAUGGCAACAGAGCGAGAUGACAUGAUUUUUUGUGUGUCGUUAGUUGGCGGGCUGGAAAGUGACAUAGGCUACUUUCUGUCUCUUUCUAACUAGGCACGUUCCUAAAAGCGUGGGCGGAAAACUAGUGCUAAGUUCCUUUUUUUUUCUAAAAUAUAUUAAACAUAAUAUUGUACAACUAAAUGAUGGAUAUUUGACUAAUUAAAUGUUCCCUUUUCGUACUUUGUCUACAUCUAUCAAGACUGACACUCAGUUCGAUUUGAAACCAAAAGUUUGUUUUAAUAUUGAAUAUCAAUCCCAUAAUUUUAUACUAAUUUUACAUUAUUUAUGUCCAAUAAAUAAUGUAAUGAAACAUACUAUGUUAUCAAAUUAUUUCAGUAAAAAUAGAAUAGUCAUUGUCGUUUUGUUUAAAUGAGGACUGACAUUUCUACUCACCAGAUGGCGUUAAUGUAACAUAAGGUGAUGUGUGUCCAAUCACUGUAGCCGCUAAAAUUGGAAUGUUUAAGGACUGCACAUCAGCAAAUACUUUGAUUGGACAAGAGACCUCUAGCCACUUUUAGUGAUGCGGGUGGUCAAGGUAGUCCUCAUUGAACAGUUAUGAUUUAUCAACUUGUUUUCUUUCGCUUACGUGGCAACGUCGCCCAGUUCCGUUAUCGAUAUGAUUCGAUUAGUCAUAACUGUUCAAUGAGGACUUUACACUUGAAAAAUAAUUGUGUCUAUUUUUUUAUGAAAAUUUUUCUUACUGAAAUUGAAAUAAAGAAUACUUUUUCUAG